AUGCCGGCGGGGCUGACGGAGUUCCUCGUGCAGGAGGCCGUGCGCUGGGCGGGUCUCACCUCGCUCUUCCACGCGAGCCGCUGGCCCGAGGCCCCCGCCUGCCCCGCGCCUCCCCCCUGCCCCGAGCUGCCGCCGUGCCCCGCGUGCCCAGUGGUGCCGCCGGGGCCGGCCAGGCCCUCGCUGGGUGUCACGGAGGCCGCGGCGCGGGCGGCCUCUGCGGGCUUCGGCGGGGGGGUGUUGUGCUGCGCCGUGGCGGCCUGGGCGCUGGGGGCCUGCCCGCAGGGACGAGGUCAGGCGGCGGGAGACGAGGGCGGACCUGUGCGCGACGGCGGCAGGGCGAGCGGUGGUGCCUCUCCUGUUGCCCGAGCUGCAGGACGCCGGGUGGUAGGACGCCGGCGCUCGGUGCACUCGGCGACUGAGCUCGGAGCCCUCCUCAUCGGGACGCCCGACCUGGACGUGUACGAGGAGGACUACCGCCCGAGCUCUCUGGGCACGGACAUCGUGCAGGUGGUGUUUUCCGCGGCUCGCUGGCCUCCACCAGCGGGCGCCCCGAGGGCCCAGGCCUACCGAUUCCGCGACGACCUCACGGGCUUGGAGCUCGCGGCGAUGCAGGACGCCGCCCGCGACCAGGCGGCCGGCGGCGCGGGCGCGCCGGUGCCAGCGGACGCCUUCGUGCCGCUGCCGGCGAUCGCGGGCGUGCUGGCCACAGAAGCGCCGGCGGCCAGCGCUGGAGGCAGGCCGUUGGCGGUGCCUGGCGGAGCGCCGGUGCCCAUCGCGGGGGGGGGCCCCCCUGCUGCACCGGCGCAGCCGUGGUGGCAGCCGCUGCGCCCCCUGCCGGGGCAGCGCCUGCCGCGCCUCUGCCGGCGCCAGCCACGCCUGGAGGCCAUCGACGGGCUCGUGACGUACGAGGUUGUGGCGCCGCCGAGCGGGCACGCCGCCUUCGCAGCCUUGGUGUCCGAAAGUGAGGUCGCCCAGUUCAAGCGCGAGUUGAAAGGAAGCGACAUGCGCUCCCUGCCCGUGAUGCGCACCGCCAUCGACCGCGAGAGACCGUGGGCGUUUGUUGUAACCGAUUGCACGGAGGAGGACAUCGCAGACUUCGGCGCGAAGCCUCCCAGGUCGGCCAAGGGGUGUGCAGCGUACCAGCAGAAGGAUGGCGGCCCGAUGCUCCGCUCAGAGAUGCGGAAGGCUCGGCGUCGGUUGCAGGACUCAAGCCACGGCGUUGGCGAGCACGGAACGUUGAGCAUAAUAGUGGAGACCCUCGGGACGGUGGACCAGCUGGACGUGUACAAUCUCGCGGGCGUGGAGGUGGCGUACAGGAAGCUCCAGAUGAUCGAGUACUAUUGA